CAAGGAUUGAGUCGGUCUGUCCGUCGUGCCGGAAAUGAGACUCUGUCGGAACGUAUAUAUUCGUAUUUGAUACAACCUGGAAAAUGAUAUUUUCCUGUAUCUGUGCAUUGCAUUUUCAACCCAACCUUUUCGAUCCAAACAGACAGGAGCAGGACACCACAUUGUGUUUGUCCUUGUCUUGCAUUUUCUCUACCACAUUUUGCUUUUGCAACUUUGACGAUGAGGGUUAUGAGCAAGGUAACUUGAAUUCUCCGUCUCCCCCCCACGACGCGCUUUUUUAAUACACCACUAAGUUUUACGUUCGUUUUCCUUCUAGCCAUCUCGCCAGUAGCUGUACCCUAUGAUGACAGACGUUGUGGCGGAUGACGUUGACGACCGGCAAAACAAAAACAUGAUGAACAAUAUGAACCGAGACAACCACGAAGAAGCCACCGAGAAAACACGGCUCCUCUCUAGUGCAGGAGUUCAUCCCGGGGCAGUAGAAGAGACGAGAAAACCGGUUUGGCUUGACAAAGACAAGUACAUCACGAAUAACUCCACACCCCGGAUGGAAGUAGAUUCACAUGAACAACUGUUACCAGCGAGUAAACAGCACUUGUCAACAAAGCAAGGCCUGGACCUGGACGGAGGUGCAGGAGCAGCAGGCGCAUUAUACGAUGAUGCCGACGCUUGGGGAGACCACAUAUGAGAGUGCACAGCUCCCCCUCCCCCUCAUUUGUAUUGCAUCAACAGCAAUACAAGCGUCAGCAAGAAUACAGGUUUUGCAUGACAAGUUUGGUGUUGGACAGGAUUGUAGUGCUACUUGGGCUGCCAGAACUUGUCAUGCUAAAAGGGCCAAGAGGCAAGGCGUAAAUUAGGUAUUUUGCAUGACAAAUGAGGGGGAGGGGGAGUUGUGCACUCUCAUACCACAACACUGCCUUUCAGAAGAAGCUGUUCGCGCCCUACCUUGUCACCUCUAAAUGGAAAAUAUGCAAUGCAAAAGCAUCGUACUAGUAUAAAUUGCAUGACAAAUUAGCCCAGCAUUACAAAUUUAAUUUGUAAUGCUGAUUUACCUUGAAAAAGAGAUUUGUAAUGCAGAAAUGCAAUUACUACGAGAGAGUACGAUACUUUUGCACAGGAUAGAAAAUCUGGUGCCUCAGUUCCUGCUGGGUGUACUACGGGAUGGUGUUAUCGACCUAUGUUGCGUUUACCAUCCCGUUAGAAGCGAUGCGGAUGGCGCCGGGGUGGCAAAGCUCCUUUGUCGUGCUCGAGCGCAUGAUCUACGGACUGACGCACUUGACCGCGCCUUUUUUCGGAAAGUACUAUUUCGAUGCUUUUUUAUAUCGUUUGCGUUUCACAACGAUCACGAUGAGACAUAAAUGUCAAUCUGUUUUCAUUGCAGAUUUUUGCCAGACCGCUUUUAAUAUUCGUUUUCGUUACUUACGAACAUGAGGAGUUUUAGAUUUACUCGCAACAGGACUUCAUGGCUGGCCAGCAUGACUCCAGGUGUAAAUUUGUGUUGCAUGCUUUACAUCAUUAAAUCAACAGGAUUUCCGACGAAACCCGGCACCCGUGGGGCAAGCGUCGACCGCUGCUGGCCGGAGGUGUGUUUCUGCUUCUAUCCUCCCACACGAUGCUAUUCUUUGCCUCCGAUCAGCUCGCGAUGUACCUCUACCUGAUCGCCCUCAGCGGCGCCAUGGUGGCGAAAAACCUUGUCAUUGCCUGCACGUCCGGGUAUUUAGCCGAUGUCGUGCCGAAGGAGCUGUCUUCCACCGUGUCUGGCAUUACCACCAUCCAGUGCGCCACAGGGUGUCUGAUCGGGUUCGGGACGCAAUAUAUGCAAUGCAAAAGUAUCUUACUAGUAUAAAUCGCAUGACAAAUUCCCUCAGCAUGAAAAAUUUAUUUUGUGAUGCGGAUUUACUUAGCUUCAGAAAAAAAUUUGUAAUGCAUGAGUGCAAUUACUACGAAUACGAUACUUUUGCACAGGAUACAAUAUCUACUCGCCUCCAGCGCGGUGAAGUUCACGUACGUCUAUGUGACGGGCGUCUACGUUAUGACAGUGCACAACUCGACGUCUCCCUCCCCCUCAUUUGUGAUGCAAAGUCCCCAAAUGAUUUGUUGCCUUGUGGCACUGUUUGCAUGACAAAUUUCGGAAGCCUAAACAGUACCACAGUCGGCCUGUGAACUUGUCAUGCACAGGCUCCAAGUGUGUUGGUGUUUGUAUUGCUGCUCAUGCCAUGCAAAUGGGGGGGGGGUUGUGCACUCUCAUAUACGUGCUCGCGACGCUACUUUUCUUCCUCGUCGCCUCGGAGCCCCCGAGCGACGCGGAGAGUCUGCAGCGGUUUCGACAAGAGUUCGAGCGGGAGGAGCGAGCACGGGCGGGGAAUCAGCAGGGUAUGUCGGCUAUGCGUUGCAAAAGUACUGCACUUCUACCAUAAAUUGCAUUACAAACUAGCUCAGCAUGACAAAUGCGAUUUGUGAUGCUGUUUUGGCUUAGGAAGAAGAUUUGUCAUGCGUACCUGCAAGCAGUACGAGUGCGAUCCAACUUUUGCAAUGUAUAUCGGCCGCUUCACUCACACCCCCGACCACCGCUCAGCAAUCAUCCGCGACCGAUGCCGCGACUGACACGGAGUCCGUCGCGACCAGCCAGCUGUACUCCGCCCGGGUAUCGAAGAAAAAUAAAGUGUGUAAGUGUAAUUUCGUAGGAAGAACAGCAGCACAAAUUGUGCAAUGCAGGGAAAACCUGUCAUGCGCAGCUAGUACGUGGAAACACGUAUGAAAGUUGCCGAUGACGCAAAUCCAGCAUGACAAGCGUAUACAGUUUUGCAUUUCCUGCAUCACAGACUUACACUUACGCAGUGUUUUUCUUGCAUACCGGGACAGCGCGGAUUAUUACACGCACCGGCAGCCGAGGUAUCUGCAGAACGCGAGUCUCGCGGAUCGCUCCACGCGGGCGCCCUCCUCGCGCGGUGGAGGUCGGGGGCCCAGUGGGGCGACGCAGCAGGGGUACAGCAGCGACGGGCAAACCAGUAUCGUAAGAAAAAAUCCCCCCUCCCCAUGUCGAAAAGGUCCGUCUAAGGAAAUUUGUAAUGCUCAUUUGUGACCACAAAUCGUCUCUGUCUUGCAGCAGGAACGAAACUACACGACAGGCUCCGCCGCAUUCUGCAGGCGGUCGGUGAUGCUGUUGGCCCUACGGACUAGACGUUUGCCAUGCUUAGCGCCUAGCAGAAAACCUCUCUACUCGGGCUUAGUAUAGGCCCGCAGUUCUCUCCAGCAAGACGAAUCUGAUUUGUGUACACAAAUCCAGCAUCAGAAACUUCGUUUUGAUAUGGGGAGAGGGCACUUUUCCUUUUGAUAACCAGCGUGACCACGGACACGGAUUCGGAUUUUUACAACAACGCGGAGGACAUCAUCGACACGCACAUGCGGUAUACGCAUUACAACAGUGUCGCAGUAGGAACAGCCGGUAGUGGAACGACGUCGACGCCACGGCCAACAACCUCAGGAGCUUCGCCGAACAACUAUGUGUCGAACACGAUCUCUACUUCCAACAACGAGCGCAACCUGGAGCUGCACUCAGCCGAGGUAGAAAAUGAUGAUUCCUCUUUUUUCGCCUCCUGCUCCGCAGGCCUUGCCGCCGCGUCAGGCGCCAUGUCGUCCUUCUUUGGUACUUUCUGGCACGCGCUUACCAUCUCACCGGACUACCAGUAUUUGGUUUUCGUGCGAAUUUUCUUCUAUGCCGGAUGCAGUUCCAUGAGCAUGUUCCUUUUUUACCUCCGAGAUGCGCUUCAUGUACCUACCAAGGCGGAGGGGAUUCAACAACUUUCGUCUCUUGCCAUGAUCAGCCAGUGUGCGAUCAUUGUCGUCGCACUGGGUGCGACGUUGCUGACCAGUAGGGUGUACGCGCAGAAGGUGCUGGUGGGCGUCGGGCUGGGGGCCAUGUAUCCUGAGUAAAAACGUACCCACACCAGAGUCAGGAUGGGGAUUUUGCAACACAAACCUAGGAGUUUUGUGAGUCACGCAUGACAAGUUGCACUAUUCAGUGUAGUGCAGGUUGGCAAGUGCAGCCGCGUCACAGAUUCAUCUGCUCAUCCUGUUCACAGCAUCACAAAUCCCAAAACACGAGUGGAAAUGGCUUUCAUGGGGAUGCGCAUUACAAAUGUUCCUGUCAUUGCAAAUCUGCAUGACAACUCUGGUGUGGGGACGUUUUUACUCAGGAUACCAUGGUCCUCGUGUUUUCGACUCUGUGUCUUUUGCCCAUGCUGACCCCAGAGUACGCGAGCUUCCACUACGGGGAAAACAACCCCGCGAAGAGCUUGAUCCUGACGGAGUAUCCUAAGCAAAAACGUCCUCACCCCAUAGUCAAGUUGGUAAAUCUGCAACACAAUAUAUCUCCAAGUUUUGGGAGAUGUGCAUGACAAGUCUCCAUCUACAGUUUAGUGGGGGUUAGCAAGGGAAGCCGCAUGAAAAGACCAUUUGCUCAUCCUGUUCACAGCAUUACAAAUGCCAAAACACGAUUGGAAAUGCCUCUGAUGUAGAUGCGCAUUACAAAUGUUCCUGUCAUUGCGCAUUUGCAUGACAACGCUGGGGUGGGGACGUUUUUGCACAGGAUUCGGAGACCGGCGUGUCCAUUCUGGUACACAUUGGCGGAUUCGGUUACGGCCUGGGCGUCGGGUUCAUGGGAGUCGGUGACAUGGUAUGACAGUGCACAACUCCCCCUCCCCCUCAUUUGUCCUGCACAAUACCCAACUCACCCUUUGCCCCUUGGCACUGUUUGCAUGACAAGUUCUGGUAGCUCAAAGAGCACCAUACUCCCGUGCAAAUUUGUCAUGCAAAACCGGCACGCUUGUUGAUGCUUGUAUUGCGGUUCAUGCAAUACAAAUGAGGGGGAGGGGGAGUUGUGCACUCUCAUACAUGGGACUCGCUUUCAAGCUGGUUCCGGCCGGGGUGGGGAACGGUGCCGCCAUGAGCAUUUUCGGCCCCAGCAUCACCUACGGCUUUGUCCUCGGCAGCAUCGUCAUCGGGACGGCCCUGCAGCACUUCAAGGUGCCGGGGGGGUCGGAAGACAAGCACUCCGAAGCGGAGAUGGCGGAGGCGGCAAGCCGGCAGCAAGCGCUCGACCAGGCGCAGGCGGCGUCAGGAGCUACAGCGGGGGCCGCGCCCAAGGCGGAUUUUAACGGGGUUUUGUGGGAGCCGGGCUACACGGAAGGCGGGCACCAACUGAUAGCGCUGUGCUCGGUGAUUAUGUGUGGGAUUGCCGCCGCGCUCCUGUACAAAGUGGACACGCUAUCAAAAGAAAAAAUCCCCCUUCCCCAUAUCAAAACGAGGUUUCUGAUGCAGGAUUUGCGUACACAAAUCAGAUUUGUCUUGCUGGAGAGGAAUGCAGGCCCAUACUAAGCCUAAGUAGAGAGGUUUUGGCCUAGGCGUCUAGCAUGAGAAACGUCCUUGCUGCAGGGGCUCACCAGCAUCACAAACCGCCUGCAAAACACUGUGGAGCUCGUGGAGUUGCCUUCUUGCAAAACAGACGCGAUUUGUGGUCACAAAUCAGCAACACAAAUUUAAACGUACCUUGUCAAUAUGGGAAGGGGGGUUUUUCCUCGCGAUACACGCGCCGGGCGCUGGCCAGGACCGCGAAUGGAGAACAGGAGUAGUACGCUAUGCGAUUGCGAACUAUGGUUCCAGGAGGGAGGCCGUAUUAAAUUUUGUUUGCAUGGUGGCGCUCAUCCUUCUCCCCGAGAGAUUGAGCGAAGUAGUGGCGCUCGCACAGUCCUAUCAUGAUCAUGUAUGUUUGCGCCAUUCUGCUCUAGUAGUAGCUCGCCACCCGAAAUACUAAAGGCCGGCGCCGGAGUCGGAGUGGCAGGUUUUCGCUUUCUCAUGCUAUUUCUUAUUUUUUUUCUUUACAGUUUUGUACAUCAUUCCCAUAAUUAAGCGUAACACACUGACGUAGUACGCUUGCUUUCUUGUCGUCAUCUUUUUUACUUACAGAACACAUUCUUGACAUACAUUCAGUAUGAGUAUCGUUUUUUAAAGAACUACGGCUCGGCUCCUGCGGCUAUGUCGAAGGACAUUUCUGAUUUUAAUUUGCGCAUAAACGUUUCCCUCGCUCUCAUCUGUUGCGACGCAAUUUUUGAGGCUCAACAUCGACCCAUUGAGUACUUCCAGUCUAUGAAUUUUUCAAUUUUGUCAUGAUCUUGUCGUUUCAUCCCUUAAAUACUCUCGCUGCAGAACGAUUCUGUGCUCGGUAGGAUUAUCCUUAUUGGUAGAAGCGCUCUGCACCCCGAGUGUUAUGAAUGUGGCACCGGAUUAGUAUGUGGGAGUGGUAUGGUGCCAGCUGCUGGACCAGCAAGUAGGGCAUGGGAUUGGUACAAAAAAACUUUUCCUUUUGGUGUGACGCAGCUUAUUUUCCAAGAACAAGUGGGCCACCAGUACUUCUCCUAUCGGACGGCUGCACGUUUGAAAAAGUCUCUGCGCAAGGACAACCGCACAGCUCGGUGAAGGUGCGCUUUCUAAAUGUGUUUGUGCGAAGUUUCCGCUGCCCUGCACAAGAAAUACGUUUACCAGAAGGUGCUGCAUG